AUGUCACUUCUCAAUCAACUCUUCAACAGAGGCGUUUUCUCCACUCGAUGCAAAACAUGCUUGAACCUCGCAAUUUCACGCAUGAAGUUGCUACAAAACAAGAGAGAUGUUCAACUGAAACAGAUGCGCAAGGAGAUAGCUCAAUUUUUGCAGGCUGGCCAAGAACCAAUUGCUAGAAUUCGGGUGGAGCAUAUUAUAAGAGAACAAAAUAUAUGGGCUGCAUAUGAAAUAUUGGAGUUAUUUUGUGAAUUUGUCCUUGCACGUGUACCUAUAAUUGAGAACCAGAAGGAUUGCCCACCUGAAUUGCGAGAAGCCAUUGCAAGUAUAAUUUUUGCUGCUCCUAGAUGUUCUGAUAUACCAGACUUACUGCACAUCAAGAACUUGUUUACCACUAAAUAUGGGAAAGACUUUAUCUCUGCAGUAUCUGAACUUCGUCCUGAUUCAGGCGUGAACCGCACAAUAAUUGAAAAGCUUUCAGUUAAUGCUCCAUCUGGAGAGGUAAAACUCAAGGUCUUGACAGAUAUUGCAGAAGAAUACAAUCUAGCAUGGGAUUCUUCUAAAACUGCAGCAGAAUUUAGGAAAAAUCAUGAAGAUCUCCUGGGUGGAACAAAACAAGUUGGUGUUGAAGCUACAGUUUCUCAUGCUUCCAGCAAAAACAGUUCCAUUAACUCGCCAGCUUAUAAUUCGGACCAUUCUAUCAAAUCUACGCACAAUAAACAACAAUAUGCACACGUUGAAACUUCCAUCCCUUCUAACAAUAAUUCUUGGUUGAACACCAAUGAAAUUGAGCAGUCACACAAAAAUAACAACGUCCAAGUUAAUGAUGCUAAAAGUGAGACCAUAUUUCAAUCCUCUGAUAUAUUAGAGAAGGCUCGGGCCGCCAUUGCUUCUGCUAAUCGUGCAACUGUGGCUGCUCGUGCCGCUGCUUCCCUUGCACAAAGUAACUUUGGAUCAUUGAAGCCGGAGGGUGAAUCUUCAUAG